AUGAUUUCGCAGCGAAUGGUCAUUACGUUGUUGCUGGCUGCGUCAUGUAGUUGGCUUGCCAAGGUGUCCGCAUCAAUCACCUACAACGGCUACGGCACUGUCUACUCGCUUAGCUCCCCUUUUGAUGGCAACUGCAACUUCAUGCGGUGGCCUGAAGAUGCCGUCACGAAGUAUGCCGCCCUUAACGCCGAGCAGUGGGAAGGAAGCAUGAACUGCGGUCGAUGCGCAGAAGUCUCGUGCACCGACGCGUCGUGCUCCGGUCAUUCAGAGAUCGUCUACAUCAUGGACCAGUGUCCGGGCUGCGCGCACGGUGACCUGGAUCUGUCGCCGGACGUGUUUGAGAGUAUCACAGGCCAGUCGAACACGAAGCUGAGUAUCGAGUGGAAAUUUGUGGACUGUCCGAUCUCGAACAAUGUGCAGUACUGUUUGAAAACCGGCAGCAGUGAGUUUUGGAUGGCAGUGCAGCCGACAAACUUCGUGUCGGGUGUGACGAGUCUAUCAAUCAACGGCCAGAAGACAUCUGUAAUCGAUUCGGCGUACUACUUCCUGAUCGACGGCUGCGGCAAAAGUGUGGUGGACUUGAGAUCCGUGAGCAUUUCGAUAGAAGGCAUGAACGGCGAGGUAUUGAAGGAUACGUUGUCAUUAACCGCCAAUGAAUGUACCGACGGAAGCUUGCAAUUUGUUUCCAGUGGCAGCAUUCCUCAAUCGGCCAUCACAACGACGAAGACAGCAUCACUUAAGACUGCUUCUAUAGCUUUUGCUCAGGAAGAAGCAAGCAGUAGCAAUAGUCUUCACUCGACGGCUUUCAUUGUUGCUGCAGUGUGUGUGGCAUUGGGAGUGGUCGGUGGUGUGGUGAUUGUUGUUCACAAAAAGCGCAAACGGCUCGAAGAGAGCAAGAUAAUAGACGACAGCGCUUCACUGGAGUCAUACGUCAGUAUUCACUCCCCGAAGUGGGAAGUUCCUGUAGUGCACUCUGCUGUGUAG